UCAUUGACGAUCGCUGGCAUAUAAAGCGAGCCGCUUCAGUCGUAAGUGAUUGAAGCAACGGAUCGGACGUCGAACAAGAUAUACUCGUACAUAGAUACAUAUACUAUACUCGUACUAUACACCAACAAAAUGGCUAACAAAGGAAACCACCUGAUGCUCGCGUUGCUCGUGAUUAGCGCCUGUUUGGCCACAACUUUGGGGGCCGGUGACUGCCCCUCUUCGACGAAGGUGCAGAACUGCACGCCCAAGUGCCUGCACGACAGCGAGUGCAGCGCCAUUGGGGGCAAGUGCUGCCCGAACUUGUGCAAUAGCCGGAGCUGCGUACAGCCGAACCUUCUGGGGAAUUCGGGAGGCAACAGCUCGCCCUUCAGCAGCAAAAACUCUGGCGGCGCCACGGGCAUCUACUGCGGCAACGUCAAGUGCAACAGCUUCGAGAAGUGCGGAAUGGACCGCUCCACCAAGCGACCAAUGUGCAUGCGCAGCUAGACUUGGGCAACAUUUACAAGCAGUAACAACAUUCAAUAAAUUUGGCACCAAAUGUCACAAUCUCUUACUGUACUGUACAUGUAUUUUAUAAA